AUGACCCAGAGCGACCGCGCCUUGCUCCAAGACGCCCUCCGCCGGGUCUUCCAAGGUGACGGCCGUUCUUCCGCGACGCUCGCGCAGGCGGAGGUCUUGACCGAAGCCUGGAUGCAGGACUUCUGCUUGGCGGAGCUGCGGGAGCUCAGCGACGCGGAGCUGCUGGAGUUGGCCUGCGGCCUGCGCGAGGCUCAGCUGGAACUUGGGAGUUUUCCCAUGGACUUUGUGAUGGAGGACCUCAACAUUCGUCUUCGAAGAAAGAAGGAUGAGGUGGAACUCUCCCACUUUCUGCUCCUGCGGAUGUGCCGCGUCAUGGAUCUGUGGUACAAGCAUGAGGUGGAAGCAGUUCUACGAAAGCUGCUCUCCAAUCCUGAGGCGUUGACGCCGUUGCCGACCGCCUACUUUGCAGGGUUGUUGUCGGCCUUGAGUAGUUUUCCAGUGCCCAAGGACCUCCCGCUCCGCCUCACGGCCGCCUUCCUGGACCGCAGCGAGCUGGGCGAAGUGGUGGCCACGCCAGAGCAAUGGGCCACCAUGCUGUGUUCCCUGAGGCACUUGGAUGAGCCGUUCUUCGAGCGCAUCACUCCUCGUCUACUUCAACAGCUCCUGCCGCAUCUGCAAGGCCUCUCCGACGGCACGUUACUUCGAGUUCUCGACGCCUUGGCCAAAGCACCGCCAAAGGAGAGUCCUGAGAGCUCGUCGGUGAAUAGCCCACUGGAGCAAGCACCUGCGGCGUUCAAUGCUGCGAUCGCAGAGGUGGUCUCCUCUGGAAAGUGGGAUUUGCGGAAGGUGAUCUCUGCGUUCUCUUGUGUUGGCCGCCUUGGAUGGUAUGACGAGCACACGGUGGCUGAAGUGUUGGGCUUUAUUAUGAAAGCACCCUUCCUGGAGCCACAUGCGCCUCUUUUGCUGCCACUCGCACAAGCUUGCAAUGAUCUACACGUGCAUCAUGCACCUUUGCUACAAAAGGUGGUGAAUUGGUAUUGCUGGUGUUAUGCCUAUCUUUGGAACAAGCCGUUGCAAUCCGAGAAGCUGGAGGAGCUAUUGGAACUGGCUGAGGAGGUUCACGAGCUCUGCUUUCAAUCGCUCGAGCUGCAAGGUGUUCUGGCAGAGAACCUCUCCAACUCCAAUGCCUCACCCAGGCAGACGCUCAAACUGCUCUCCGCGCUGGCGCGCUUCUCACACUUUCCUCCUGAGUUCAAGGCGACUUGCGACCGCAUUUGUUCUAAGACCACUGAUGUAGAUCUCAUGUCUCUGAGCAACGAGGAGUUGAUCAAUGCGUUCAACAUCCACUUGUGUGGCGUGUUCGAUGGACCAGCCGCUCUCAAACACUGGUUGACAGAAGAUGCGAGCAUGAAGCUGUUCUUUCAAGUUCAUACCUCCCAGAAGUGGUACCAGAGACAGGACUACUAUCGAUCCAUGUUCCGUCAGAGUGCCGCUUACGGCACCUUGAGGAAGGCCGCAGAGCAGAAUGGUCUCGACCUUCGCACCAGCGACUUUGGCGAGGUCUACCAUUUGGAGCUGGUGUCACAAGAUGCCAAGGAGCGCUUGGCCAAGCUGUCGGAUCAGCCACCGCUGGCGGUGAUUUGCAUCACCUCGAAGGAGCAACUUCGAUGGUAUGUGCCGAUCACCGCUGAGCCGAGCGAGGACUUGAAGCAGCAAAACCGUUGCCAUCAGUUUCACUACAUGUUCCGUGGAGCUGUGCAGAAGGUCCGACAUGCACAAACCAUGGGCUAUCGACCGUGCAUCAUUUGGAUGUCAGACUGGAAGAAGAUGGAGACUGAGGCGCAGCGUGCCAGCUACUUGUCCAAAGCCUCCAUGGACUACGAAGCCUUUAAGCCCACGGCCGUGGAGGAUCAAACAAUCUAUUAUUGA